GCUUUCAAAUACACAAGAAGCCUACGUAUGAGACUUGACUUUGUAGAUGAUGAUAAUAAUUUAAAUUAGAAGGCUGACAAGUUAAAUCCACAAAUAUAUUUAUUUAAACAUUGAUCUAUGCACGAGCUAUUUGUAAAGGAAUACACCUGGUGAGCUGUAUUCGGCCAGUUGUCAUGGCAACCAAUCAUACAAACGAAAACGUCAACAAUAAAGAGAAUUCUUCCGUUGUGUUUAUCGAGUUCUGCGAUCAUGGAUUUAGGUUUAAUUGAUAAGCUGCGAUUAUUAAAAAUCGACACCGAACUAAGGCCACACAUAAAAAUGAAGCCAAUGAGUCGUUAUUACUUCGUGGCCUCCACAAAUCCUGGUGAGCAGUUUUACGUAUUCGCCUCCACUGCGGCUUGGCUCAUCAGGAAAAUCGGGAAAGACUUUGAGCAACCAAAUGAAGAAGACGACCCGAAUCCCAUUAUUGCAAACAUCAUAGACAUUCUCAGACAAAAAGAUAUUGCCGUCGAAUUUUCUUCCCAUAAGUUGAAACAAGGUUAUGGCGAGCAAGUUUGCUAUAUUCUUAACGUUUUGGCUGAUGAAGCAUUGAAAAACCAGAAUUUUGAAUGGCAGAAUCCUAUUGUCAACAUUCCGGAAACGGAAGAAUCUACAGACGACGUGGAUCAGGUAGUAGACGAAACUGAAAUACUUCUUGAUAAAGUAGAAGAAGAAAUGGCUAUUUAUUCUGAGGAAUCUGACGGAGAAUAUGCUAAUGUGGAUGAAAAAGAGCCAAUUAAUAUAGCUAACAAGGUUCACGACUGGGAGGCUUGGAAAUUAGAGUUAGAGAGGGUAGCACCAGCUCUGCGAUUAAAGAUAUCUGCCGACGGUCGCGACUGGAGAGCAAGGCACGCUCAAAUGAAGACUUAUAGAGACGAAUUGUUUGAAAGAUUCAAAAUUACUGGCUCUCAAUUAACCAAACUGCACAGUAACAUUACUUCUAUUAUGGAUAAGAUAAAUGCUAGAGAAAAUAUUUUGAACGAACAGUUUGAACCUUUAGUUAGAGAAUAUGGUUCUCUUUUGGACGAAUUGAAUAAAGUUACUAAUGAAUAUAAAGAAGUGAGCGUUGGUGUAACAGAGAGGCAAGAAAUGUUAAAUGAAAUAACUGCCAAAGUUGAGACGAUAAAGCAGAGAACGGAAUCGAGAGGGUCUUCAAUGAACGACAACUCCCCGCUGGUGACCGCAAAGAAAGCAGUGGCUAACCUGAAGAAGGAUAUACAGGAGUUGGAUUUCCAAAUCAUAAUACUCCUAUGGAUGCUGACUACGAAAGAGAACCCGAAUAAUAACUUGUUGACAAACGCAGAGACUAGAAUGGUUGCGACGGAAGCUUAUUAAUUAGAUAUUUUGUAUUCACUGUUGGUUUGGUGUUUAGACAGGGGCUCAUAUAAAUACGGUAUCUAUGUA